AUGGCGCAACAAUGGAAGCCGGAUGGGGGCUACCAGCAGCAGUACCAACAGCCCUAUCAGCAGCAGCAGCAGGGAGGGUAUGACUACAACCAGCAGUACAAUCAGCAAUAUCAGAACCAGAAUGGAGGAGGUUACCAACAGGGCUAUCCCCCUCCCCAGCAGUCGGCACCACCUCAAGGGUACAAUGACGGUUCCAAUGGCUACGGAUACAAUGCGCCGCAGCAGGGCGAGAAGUACACCUUCGACCAAGCCUUCAAGGUCGAGAAGCCCAAAUGGAAUGAUCUCUGGGCUGCCAUCCUCUUCAUUCUCGUGUUCAUUGGCUUCGCAGCUGUUUCUGGCCUCGCCAUCAGCGGUUAUUCGAAAUCUGGAGCUGGCGGUGGCAUCUACGACAGCAACAGCAGUUUCAGCCUCGACAGCAACACCAUCAUCCUUUUCGCCUUUGUUUUGGCCGUCGCCGUCGUCCUCAGCUAUGCCUACGUUUGGGUGGCUCGCCUCUUCCCCAAGCAGUUUAUCUGGGUUACUGGUAUUCUGAACGUCGUGUUCGCUCUUGGUACCGCCGCCUACAUGCUUUACCGACGUUAUUGGUCCGGCGGUAUUGUUUUCCUCAUCUUUGGUCUCUUCCUAGCCUUCUGCUUCUACACAUGGAUCUCGCGCAUUCCCUUCUCGGCCUUGAUGCUCACGACGGCGAUUGACGUGUCCAAGAAGUACGGCCACGUCUACAUGGUCUCGUGGCUUGGCGGUAUCCUCGGUGCCGCCUUUGGCGCCUGGUACUCCGUCACCCUGGUUUCCAUCUAUGCUCGUUACCAGCCCUCGACGAACAACCCCAACUGCGACGGUGGCGGUUGCAGCAACGGCAAGGUCAUCGGCCUCAUCGCAUUCACGACAUUUGCCAUGUACUGGAUCUCCGAGGUUCUCAAGAACGUCAUUCAUACCACCAUUGCCGGCGUCUACGGCUCCUGGUACUUCUGCGUCAACAAUUUCCCCCAAGCAGCGACGCGCGGCGCAUUGAAGCGCUCGAUGACGCACAGCUUUGGUUCCAUUUGCUUCGGAAGUCUGAUCGUUGCCAUCAUCAACUUCCUGCGCCACAUCUGCUCAGUGGCGCGACAACAGGCUGGCGCAGAUGGCGACCUCAUCGCAUACAUCCUCUUCUGCAUUCUCGGCUGCCUGAUUGCUUUAUUGGACUGGGCCGUGUCCUUCCUCAACCAGUAUGCGUUCGCCCACAUCGCCCUCUAUGGCAAGGCCUAUAUCCCGGCUGCCAAGGACACCUGGAAGAUGAUCAAAGACCGAGGCAUUGAUGCGCUGGUCAAUGAAUGUCUCAUCGGCCCCGUCUUGUCCUUUGGUGCCACCUUCAUCGGUUACGCCUGUGCGCUGCUCGCUUUCCUCUACCUGCAAUUCACGGACCCCGCCUAUAACUCGGAUGGUGGUUACACGCCGGUAAUCGUCGCCUUCUCGUUCCUCAUUGGCCUCCAGAUUGCCAAUAUCUUCACGACACCCAUCUCGAGCGGCAUUAACGCCAUCUUUGUCGCGUCUGCUUGGGAUCCCGAGGUCAUGAUGCGUGAUCACCCCCAUCUGUACCAAGACAUGGUUCGGGUGUACCCCAAGGUGCAGGAGGCCAUCCACGCCUAA